AUAUUUUCAAAAGCUAUGUAAAUUUUUGUUAAGACCUUGACUGGGAAGACUAUAACUCUUGACGUUGAACCAUCUGACACAAUUGAUGCUGUUAAAGCUAAAAUUUAAGACAAGGAAGGAAUCCCACCUGAUUAGUAAAGACUUAUUUUUGCAGGAAAGUAAUUAGAAGACGGAAGAACACUUUCAGAUUAUAAUAUUUAAAAGGAAUCAACCCUACACUUGGUUUUAAGAUUGAGAGGUGGAAUGUAAAUUUUCUUAAAGACCUUGACUGGAAAAAUCAUUAUUCUUGAUGUCGAAUCUACAGAUACAAUAUAUAGUGUAAAAAGUUAAAUUUCGGAUAAAGAAGGAAUUCCUACUGUUUAAUAAAGGUUGAUAUUUUCUGGACGUCAAUUAGAAGAUGAUAAAACACUUUUAGAAUAUGAAAUUUAACAUGAAUCAUCAAUCCACUUAGUUUUAAGAUUAGCAGUACCCGAAACAAAAGAUGGCAUAAUGAAUAUUUUUGUUAAAAACCUGACCGGAAAAUGUUUGAGAAUUGAAGCUCAGUCUUCAGAUACUGUAGGAACAUUCAAGGGCAAAAUAGCUAAUUAGGAAGAUAUUCCUCCUAAUUAAUAAACACUUAUAUUUGCAGGAUAGUAAUUAGAAGACGAAAGAACACUUUCAGACUAUAAUAUUUAGAAUGAAUCAACUCUACAUUUAGUUUUGAAAAAUGGAGAAUGA